ACCCCAAAAGUCACCCCUUAAAGUUCAUUUCAGUCUCGGAGUUUUUAUAUUUCAGAAGGUUUUAACAUCUCGUGGGGAAACUGUAGCUGGAGAGGAUCUCAGAGUUUGAAGAUGGCGCGACUCUUUGCCUUGGGCAUGGCGGUGCUGAUUCACUCGGUGCUGGGCAUCUCGUACUAUCACUACUACCGUGAAGCAUCCGCCUCAGCAUCGCUUUUGGGCGCCUGGUUCUUCUCUGCCUGCGUGGUAGCCCUGCUCCAAGCGAUCAAGAUCUUUCCCACUGGGGCUCCGGCUCCCAAUCCCAUCGGCCAGCGUUUCAGGGGCGGAGGCAGACCCCACCAGACCAGCCCCAGCUCCAGUUCCUGGAGUGACCUGCUCCUGGAGACGGGCAUCUGUUGUCUGGUCUUGGAUGUUACCUUGACGCAGUUGUGGCACCGCGUGGAGUCACUCUGCCAGUGUGCCAUCACUGGUGUCCUCCAAGCCUUGGCCGUGGAGGAGCCAACCUUUCUGGCCUGCGAGUACUGGACCCUGACUUUGACCACCGGGCUCAUCGGAGGGAGCCUGCUCUGGCUGACCCUGCAGGCCAUGUCGUUGCCAAGCAAUGUGCUCUGCUGCCUGAUCGACAUGCGUUGCUUCCUGAACCGCUGCUGGUCAGCACUGUUCUUUGGCCCAGCUCCCCAUCCGCAUCAAACUUCGAAUCCGCAGCUCAUUGCCCAGAGCAUUGUCGCCUGAGAAGCUGCAUCUUACUCCAUAUCCUGCUAAGCCUGCCACUAUACUUAUCUCUACCUCGGAUUCCGCUAAAAACAAUAAAAAUUAUGGGUCUUAAUUACUUAAA